AUGAAUGAAAAACAACCCAACCAAAAUCAAGCAAAUCAAACUCCCACUAAGGAUAUGAUUGAUAGUUUUGAAACGACCAUUGCCGAAAAAAACAAAUUAAUCAUUAAAAUCCAAAGAGACUUAGAAAAUACCGCCAAAAUUAGAGCCAAAGCCGAAACGGAAAUCGAUAAUUUGAAGUUAGAAAAACAAGCCGCCCUCGACCGAGCCGAGAGAGCCGAAGCCCGUUAUUUACAAAAGCAAGAAAUUCAAGCCCGGUCGCACCAACAAGAGCAAAAUUUAUUGGAGCCAUUGAAAGCAACAACCGUUAUGCUCGGCUUAGAUUGGGAAAAUGACCUUUCUAUCUACAAACCCGAUAAUGAAUUUAAAAGAAAAGUCAAUGCUGUGCCUUUCCGGCUUGGUCGGCUCUUAGAUAAAGUCUAUUACGAAGUAGUGAAUGAAGAAAGAUUUGAAGAAGCCCUCGAAUCCGAAAAUGCUUCCAAAUGGAGCAACCAGUUUAACAAAGGCUACCCGGAAGACCCCGACGACAAAAGUUCCGAUUAUAUUCCCCUCGAAACUAACUCUCGCAAGAAAAUUGUUCUCUUAGAUAGCAAAGUGAGAAACACCAUUUUGGUCGGUGGCUACAAGGAAAACGUGAAUUUCCCAGCCCUAGAUUUAGAAAAGAGAUUUGGUUCGGAAAAUGUGCUGGUGGAUAACUUACCUAACAAUUACGUUCAGGCUUUUGCAAAAGCAAACUCAGAAGCUGAAAAACUUCUAUGGGAAAGGCUGGUGAACGACUUAAAAAAAAUAGACUUGACACAACUUCCAUAUAAUCACCCUCUAUAUUCUGGUAUAUUUGAUAUUGAGUCAUCACCUAUUUCUGAUUUGCCAGAUUCUCUUUGUAAUGUUUUUGAGGAAAAUACCAAAAAAAAGUUUUGCAUAGAUAAUAAUGAAGCAUUGUUGCAAACUUGCAAAGAGUAUAUUCAAGAGAUUGAAUCAAGUAAAAAAUACUUCUUGACACAAUUAAUGCUGCCCUAUGAACGUAAUCUAUGGGAAUUCCAUACAUUUUCUGAAAUUGAGAUUUUUUAG